UGGGCGGCCAGCGAGCCCCCGCGGCUCUGAGGGCCGGGCCGAGGCGGACCCCGUGCCACCGCCGGCAAGGUCACGGUGCCGAGCUCGGGCCCGCCGGGAGACCGAGGCCGCGGCGAGGAGGCCCGCUGCCCCCGGAGGGAGGCGGACGCGGCCCGCCACCGCGGCAGCGGGGAGGAGGGGAGGCCGGUCCCGCCCGGUCCGGUUCGGUCCCUGACCCGGUUCCGCGGCGUGUUAUCUCGGGUGUGGCCUCCUCCCCGGCGGGCUCGGUGGCCUCCGUCUCGGGUGGGCAUUGGGACCCGCCCCUCGGCGCCGCCGGUGGGUUGGAGUGACCGAGAAGGCUUCGCGGAGGGGAGCUUGGCCUCUAGAAGAAAGGUGGCAGUAAUGCUAACGCUGGCAAGCAAGCUGAAGCGGGAUGACGGUCUCAAGGGAUCCCGGACAUCAGCCUCCACAUCGGACUCUACUCGGAGGGUUUCUGUGAGAGACAAGCUGCUUGUUAAAGAGGUUGCAGAACUCGAAGCUAAUUUACCCUGUACAUGUAAAGUACAUUUUCCUGAUCCAAACAAGCUUCAUUGCUUUCAGCUGACUGUAAGCCCAGAUGAGGGUUACUACCAGGGUGGAAAAUUUCAGUUUGAAACUGAAGUUCCUGAUGCCUACAACAUGGUGCCUCCCAAGGUAAAAUGCUUGACUAAAAUCUGGCACCCCAACAUCACAGAAACAGGAGAAAUAUGUCUAAGCUUACUAAGAGAGCAUUCAAUCGAUGGCACUGGCUGGGCUCCCACUAGGACGCUGAAGGAUGUUGUUUGGGGAUUAAACUCUUUAUUUACUGAUCUUUUGAAUUUUGAUGAUCCACUGAAUAUUGAAGCUGCAGAACAUCAUUUACGAGACAAGGAGGAUUUUCGGGACAAAGUGGAUGAAUACAUCAAACGCUAUGCCAGAUGAUAAGAGGAGAGAUUACAGGUCUGAGGACUCUCACAGUUGUCUCUGAUGUGAAACAGCUUGAGGUAGCCCACCUCCCCAUCCUCAUACUCCCUGUCAGCCCCUUGGGAUUGUCCCAGUCUUGCGACCAUGUUGUCCUGAAGAAGACCAUCCUCCUGACUACACAAUACAGCAAGAAAGUGUGUCUGGGCCUCGAGAGCGUUGUCUGCUUCCCUUACCAUGUUUACUGAAACUCUACUGUCUAGGCUGUGGGAUUCCUCCGAAGUUGUAAUGAACUCACCACUGAGGAUAGCGCUUGCUUCCCUUCCCCCAACAAAAUCGGUGUCCUGCACAAGUGAUGUAAUGACACGUUCGGUGUGACUGGCAGAUUGGCAAUAAGAAACCCGCUAUAAACUGUGAUUGGAUGCACAUUCUCUUAGCUUCUUCCACGAAUGUUGGCCCUGCCUAGAUGUGAAGCUUCCCAGAAUGCAUAGUCAUUCACUGUAGAUCUUACUGAAAUGCGUAUUUUAUUUAAUGUAAGUAUAUUUUGGAACAGA